CUGAAUAAUUGGGAGCAGAUUUCUUCACACUCAUUGGUUCACAAUGACGGGGUCCGUGUGAACCGAGUGGAAGGGGGCUGUGGUCAAACCCACUGCGACCCAAGCAGCUUUAGAAGGGGAAAGAGGAGGGCAAAGAGGAAGGCAGUGAGUCGAUCCGAGCCGAGCCGCAGCCCCGAACAGCAGCAGCAGCAGCAGCGUCUCCGCAGCAGCAGCAGCAGCAGCUCCCCAGCCCCGCUCCAGCUGCAUGGGCUAGUCUGUUAGCAGCUUAGCAUCGCCCUCCAGAGCACCACAGCCUUUUCAGUCACCGAGAAGCCCGGACUAUCUCACCCGGGUGGUCCUCUCUUUCACCCGCAGCUGUAUUUUCCUGCCCCGGCCUCAAAAUGAUGAAGUUUAGGUUUCGUCGGCAGGGCACAGACCCGCAGAGAGAGAAGAUAAAACAGGAGCUUUUCGCCUUCAACAAGACAGUGGAGCAUGGAUUCCCUCACCAGCCCAGCGCUUUGGCUUUUGACCCCAAGCUGCAACUCAUGGCCAUCGGUACCAAGUCAGGAGCCAUCAAAGUAUAUGGAGCCCCAGGUGUGGAGUUCACCGGUCUGCACAAAGAUACCACUGCUGUUACUCAAAUUCACUUUCUGCCCGGGCAGGGUCGUCUGCUGUCCCUGCUGGAUGACAACACCAUCCACCUGUGGGAGCUUGCAGCAGGAGCGUCUAAAGAAAUGGGCGGGGUUAAACGACAGGGCGUGGUUUGUUUGCAGGAAGUUGGAAGCUACAUGCUCCCAGGGCGGCCGGGCAUCGAGAGUUGCAGUGCCACCCGGGUGACGGUCCUGCUGCUGUUGAGGACAUGUGACUUGCUGUGUGUCGGUACAGAGGGAGGCGGCGUUUAUGUUCUGGAGGUUCCCAGUCUCAUACUAAAGGAAAGCCAGACGUUACCACAGGAUCAGGUGGUACAUAGUCUUCCAGAGGACUACAGAUGUGGAAAGUCAUUGGGGCCUGUUGAGUCUCUUCAGGAACAUCCUCAGCAUCCAGAGAAGAUCCUGAUUGGCUACAGCCGUGGCCUGGUCGUGCUAUGGGACCUGAGCGAGCGCAAAAUAGAGCAGCUGUUUUUGGGGAAUAAGCAAUUGGAGAGUCUAGUGUGGGAACGCUCGGGUAACUUGUUUGUCAGUUCACAUAACGAUGGAAGUUACUCUGUUUGGCCUGUUACCAACGGCAACACCUGCAGCCAGCAGCCGGUCUCCUCCACAACGCCGUACGGGCCAUUUCCCUGCAAAGCUAUUAACAAGAUUUUAUGGAGGACAACACAGACGGGGUCCCCAGUGUUGUUGUACAGUGGAGGGAUGCCUCGAGCCAGCUACGGCGAUCGCCACUGUUUGACCAUUCAGCAAGACAAAGAACACGUCACACUGGACUUCACAUCUAGAGUCAUUGAUUUCUUCACCGUUCACAGUACAGAGCCAGAGAAUGAAUUCGAUGACCCUACAGCGCUGGUAGUGUUACUAGAAGAGGAGCUGGUUGUCAUAGACCUUCAGACGCCCGGCUGGCCCACCCUCCCCACGCCGUACCUGGCCCCCCUGCACUCCUCCGCCAUCACCUGCUCCUGUCACAUUGCAAAUGUGCCCCCCAAACUCUGGGAGAGGCUGCUCAAUGCGGGCAAAGCACAACAGAGCCGCCAGCAGACGACCAAGAGCUGGCCCAUAUGCGGAGGGAAAAACCUGGCACCCCUGCCUAAGCAACAAGAGCUGCUAUUGACCGGUCACGAGGAUGGUACGGUGAGGUUUUGGGAUGCUUCUGGCGUGGCCCUCACCCCUCUGUACAAACUGAGCACAGCAAACGUCUUCCACACAGACUGCGACCCCUGUGACGACCCCCAUGACCCCUGCGACGACCCCGACAUGCAGCAAGAGGAGGAGUGGCCCCCCUUCAGAAAGGUCGGCUGUUUUGACCCAUACAGCGAUGACCCCAGACUCGGCAUCCAGAAGAUCAGUCUGUGCAAGUACAGCAACAAACUUGUGGUGGCUGGCACUGCUGGACAGGUGAUAGUUCUGGGGCUGAGUGACGAGCGCUCGGAUCACCUGGUGGACGUGGCUGUAGUGGACUUGCUUCAGGAUAGGGAGGGCUUCACGUGGAAAGGACAUGACCGGUUGGACCCACGGCUCAAACCUCCUCCCUUCCCUCCCGGGUUUCAGCCUUUGGUGCUGGUGCAGUGUAUGCCCCCAGCCUCUGUCACUGCGGUGGCUCUACACGCAGAGUGGAACCUCAUCGCCUUUGGGACAAGCCACGGGUUCGGCCUCUUCGACUACCAGAGAAGGAACGCAGUGCUGGCCAGGUGUACACUUCAUCCAAACGACUCCCUGGCCAUGGAAGGUCCCCUCUCCAGAGUCAAGUCUUUAAAGAAAUCCUUACGACAGAGCUUCAGGCGCAUCCGCAAGAGUCGGGUCUCCGGAAAGAAACGUGCCAUCACCACACCAACAAGCAAGGUUCAAGAGGCCAAUGCAGCUUUAGCAGAGCAGGAGGAUGUGGCUCCGAUCCAGAGGAGAAUCGAACCGCGCUCAGCAGACGACUCUCUCACAGGAGUGGUCCGCUGUCUUUGCUUUGCAGACACUUUCCUACGAGACGGCACGCACCACGGCCCUACCCUGUGGGCGGGCACUAACUCGGGCAGCGUGUACGCCUAUGCCCUGGAGGUCCCUGGGGUGGGAGUGGCACGAGUGGGUGAGAGGGGAGGGCCCAGCGAUAAUAACGCGUGUGUGGAGGCCGUGCUCGGAAAAGAGAUCCAGCUGAUGCACCGCGCCCCUGUGGUCUCCAUCAGUGUUCUGGACGGGAGGGGCAAGCCUCUACCAGACCCGUACGAGGCCUCCCAGGACCUGGCCAUAGCUCCAGACAUGACCAACGCUCACUCUGUCCUCAUCGCCUCAGAGGAGCAGCUCAAGGUGUUCUCUCUGCCCAAAGUCAGUGCUAAGACGAAGUUCAAGCUGACGGCGCAUGAGGGCUGUCGGGUGAGGAAGGUGGCCCUGGUUGUGUUCAGCUCCACGGCUCAGGAGGACUACAGUGAACACACCCUGGUCUGCCUCACCAACCUGGGAGACAUGCACCUUUUCAACAUCCCAGCCCUCCGACCGCAGGUGCGCUACGACUGCAUACGUAAGGAAGACAUCAGUGGAAUUGCGUCUUGUGUGUUUACAAAGAACGGGCAAGGUUUCUACUUGAUCUCGCCGUCAGAGUAUGAGAGAUUUUCCCUUUCAGCUAAAGUUAUCACAGAACCACUCUGCUCGAUUCAUCUGGACCGACCACUAGAGCUCACCCACAACAGGGACGGUAAACUGAAGGCCAAUGGAACCCACAAGAACCAGCUGGGACAGGCUGAGGGACAAACAGUGGAGCCUCUGAGUGGCCUGUCCUCUCCGGUGCUGGACACUCCUCUGGACUCUCCCCUGAGCUGUGCUGACCUCACCCUGGACACCACCGGGGAUCUGACAGCAGAGGACGUCAGAGACUUCCUCACGACGGUGGACGAGGCCGAGCAUAAUCUGAAGAACAUCACAGAAGAGGAUGGGCGAUCUCCUGGUAUCCUCAUUAACUGAACAGUAUUGCGUGUGGAGUGAUCUGACCGGACUGAACGUGUGCUGGAUUUCCCAUCAGCCCACUGUGAACGCCACUGCACUGGGACACACCGAACACAACGCGGCGCCUUUUCAAACGAACACACGUCACCACACUGAGGCGUAGGCACUCACAGCUGCAGACGAACUGGAUCAUGGGAAUUGUAGUCCGCUGUACCACUGACUGGAACAUAAACCCCCCGCUGUGGACUACAUUUCAGCUUCCGAGACUGAACUUCCCGUGUUUUUGUCCAGGGUUUUACGGUGCACACUCACGCGCGGUUGUGACGGACUCUGGUGCACGCUGCUUACACAUCACCACCGCUCGAUAAAAAAAUAAGGGAGGAGGACUGAUCCAAGUAUUACAUAUUGUAGCAUCUCCCUUAUCUGUGCCAAUAUGAAUAUUAUCUAUUGCCUUACCCAGUCUGUAAUGGGCCCCACUUAAAAAACAAAAAACAAAAACAACUCAUUUGGUGUUGACACGUUGCCAAACCUGCUUGAUAAAACUGUCGAACCACGAUUAAUGCAUUAUGUUUUGUAUAGCUUUCUUGGGAAUGUAGACGUAUAUUUUAUUAACGCAGAUGUCUUUAAAAAAAAAAAAAAAAAAAAUCCACCGGGUGAAUACAAAGGUACUGUUAGGCUGGUUCUCACAGGCUUUGAGAAGUUGGGAAAUUAUCGCAAAUUUGAGUGUGAAACGCAAUUUAAACUCAAUAUUAAGGCCAGUCCUGAAGCUUUUUUAAAUAUAGUUUAAUCUUGCGUACGAUGGUUUGGUACUUAAGGCAUGGUCAGCGCAGAGAAUUAUAACGGGACUCAGGGAAGUGUGAAAGAGGAAGCAGUCAUCAAGCAUUCUGUGUAAUAUGAUCAGCAUUCACCCAUGUUUUUAUAUAAAGAAAAGUUUUACUAUGUGUUAAUGGGAUACACAAUUAUAUAUUAUAGGUUAUUCGCAAUGAAAAAGACAGGUUAAAGACCAAGCCGACGAUAGUUAAGUUAGUCGAAUUAAAGCUUUUAAUCAUAAAAUGAGCAAAGGGACCUCACUACUAACUGAUGUAGCUCAAUGUUUACUUGGUGUUAACACAGAGUAUUAUAUUAACAUGCUUAUUCUGAUCAUGCUAUAACUGGCACAAUGAUGUUUUUUGUUUUUUUUUAAAUUCCACAAUACAAUGACUUUGUUUCUACUUUGUCAUUCAGUUUGUAGGAUUUUAAUGGUGUUUAUUUAGCUUUUUGGCUGAACAAUUGUGAAUGUUAAUAAAAUUAUUUACUCUGA